UACACACACACUGAGACACAGACCUUUACAUGUCUGUAGGUGAGGGGACCAGUGACUCUACAGAGAAACUGUGGGAUCUUAUUUCCAUUUGAACAGAUCUGUACAAACUGUCACAUGAUCCCAGUCUCUCACUCGUUUCUCCUGUGACCCAGUUUCGGUUCCACCAAAUGAAAACAUGUUCUACAGGUAUUCACCCGCAGCUGGAGCAUAAGCUUCUAACUGGUUUAAUCUGAAACCAGAUGUGUCACAAAACAAUGGGAGGAGGCUCACACGGAUUAUCAGAUUAUCUGAUAAACCUUCAGAUUAAAUCAUGAUGAAAUUAUUCCAGUCGUGAGACGUCAUCUUCACCGCUGGAAGGAAAAGUGGAGAACACAUUAUAAAAUCAAAGAAAAGGAUCAACAUGAGCUGUGAUGGAUUUCCCAGAGGCAUGGAGAUACUGGGAGAGUUUUAAUUAGUCCAGCAGCUGAAGACAUGCAGCCGUCCGUCAGGAAGAGGCCGAGCUCCGGUCGGCCUGCAGCCAUGUUCACCUGCAGUCGCUCGGGGAGUUCUGCAGAGCCGGUUCUGCCGAGGCCUCGGUUCCAUCUGGACCUGUGGCUCAGCUUCACCGUCCAGAACUGGGUCCUGGACAUGGGCCGACCUGUUGUCACGCUCGUCCUCCCAGCGAACCUGAUUCCUCUGAACCGUCCUGGUGCAGCAGAACUUCUCCACCUUCUCUACAACGUCACUGCUCCGCUCAUCCUGCUCAAAAACACGUCCCACAGAACACGUCACACAGAACACGUCACACAGAACACGUCCCACAGAACACGUCACACAGAACACAUCACCACCACAGCCUCUUGUCCCUCUCAGAUGCUCGAGCGAUGUCCCAGGUCUCUGUCCGUCCCGGUCGUCCACCUCGGCCUCAUCUCCACCGUCAUGGGAAGCAGCCUCCACCUGGUGGCCGACUCCAUCACUCGCCGGCUCGUGUUGAUUGGCUACGAGCUGCACCUGUCAGUCAGAGAGAACCCGGUCAUGAAGGAGCUCCGACCCUCCUCAUUGAUUGACGUGUUCGAGCUGCUGUUUGGUUACGAUGACACUCUGGGUCACCUGAUGUGGUAUGUUCCUCUGUUCCUCGUCCUCCUGUUCUUCUUCAGUGGUUGUUUCUGCCACAGGACGCAGGCGGACAGGAUGUCCCCAGCAGCCUGGACGCUGCUCGCUCCAAACACCACCUACUACUGGUUCCUGAUGACUGAAGGUCAAACCUUCAUCCUCUUCAUCUUCACCUUCUUUGCAAUGACCGCCACAGUGAUGCACCAGAGGGGGCGGGGCCUGGUCCCUGACAGUAACGGCCUCUUCCUGCUCAACAGUUUCUCUGCUGCUCUGGUCCUGGUGCUGAUCUGGGUGCUGUGUCUCUGGGACGAUGGCGUCCUGAGGAGGAGACACCCGGGGCUGAUCUACGUCCCUCAGCCUUCUGCUGUCUAUUCACUGCACCUCCACCUGGUCAACUCCACCCAGACAUGAACUGCUCCUCUGACCGGUUCUCUGCUGGUGAGGGUCACAUGUCAUGAGAGUGGUCAGGAUACAGUUCACAGUGAACCACAGAUCAAACUAGGAUCUCCUGCUGCUGGUCCACCAACCUGUGCAGAGUCACAUGAGUUCACUGUGACCCUUCACCUUUGUCUUCUCACCUCUGGAAUCCAAUCAGCUCUACGUGGAGUCGAUCCGGCUCCAUGGAAAGACUCCUGCACCCUGAGGAUCGAGUUCCUCUGAGUGAGCGUCUCUCCA